ACCGGCGGCCCCACAGACCGCACCGCCGGCCAUUCAAAUCUCUUGCUCCUACCAGAUAAGUCAGAUAUAACGGUUAGCUCUUGCAAGAUAAGAUGUUUGGCAAAGACUGCGCCCUCGAAGUUGAGCCAGCCAUUUCUGGUCGACUUGCACCACCAUGGCACCAGCACUCAAGACCACUCUGGCUCUGCAAGAUGCCAAACCCUAUGCCUUCGAGUGUCCUACAGCAACGACCGCCUUGAUCAUCAUCGAUAUCCAACGGGACUUUGUUGACCCCGGUGGUUUCGGCUCCAUACAAUGUGGCAACGACGCCGUCUUUUCCAGAGCACGCGCAAUUGUCCCUGUUGUCAAGAAACUGCUUGACGCCUUUCGAUCGUUUGGAGGGCAUGUAAUUCACACGCGUGAAGGACAUGAACCGGGUCUUGCUGAUCUUCCUGCCGCCAAACGGCUCCGUCAAAUUUCCAACCCGGUCGGUCACCAUAGUCUGGGAAUUGGUGAUCAGGGACCCAUGGGCAAGCUCCUCGUCCGAGGAGAAUAUGGCCACGAUAUCGUGGAUGAACUCACCCCCUGGCCGGAUGAGACAGUCAUUGACAAGCCAGGAAAAGGAAGCUUUUGGGGCACGAAUAUUCACAGGAUCUUGCUUGCACGUGGAAUAACCCAUCUAGUAUUUGCGGGAGUAACAACAGAGUGCUGUGUCAGUACAACACUGCGCGAAUGUGCUGACCGAGGCUAUCAAUGCAUUGUGUUGGAGGACUGCACGCAGGGGUUCGAUGCUCAGCAGGUGACCACAUCACUGGACAUUAUUUCGGGGCAAGAUGGAUUGUUUGGGUUCGUCGGCAACAGCCCAGACUUUUUCCAAGCAAUCGAUCGAGCAUCAGCCAAAGCCUUGACCCAAGGGCUGGCACUGACGCCGCCUGCAACACCCAUGGGACACGAGGACUCGGAACCUCGCUUCGGUUUCCUUCCAGACGAAAGCGUUCCAUCAGUCGACCAGUUGUUGACUGAUUACCGACAAAGUAUCCGGUGCCCCGUCGAAGUCAUCAAGUCUCUGUACAAACGAAUCAACCAGUACAAAGAAGUGGAUCCAGCGGUCUGGAUUCACCUUGAGCCCGAAGCGAACGUGCUGCAUGCAGCAACCAAGCUAGUCAACAAGUACAAGGGAAAGGCGUUACCACCAUUAUAUGGUAUUCCCUUCUCGGUCAAAGACACCAUCGAUGUCGCGGGAGUGCCAACAACAGCGGCCUGUCCGAGUUAUGCAUACACUCCUCAAGUGAGCGCUACAGCAGUCCGACGUGUGCUCGAUGCCGGCGCGUUGUUUAUCGGCAAAGUGAACCUUGACCAGCUGGCCACUGGCCUGUCUGGCUGCCGCUCCCCAUAUGGAACCCCCCACAGUGUCUUUAGCGACAAGCACAUAUCCGGUGGCUCUUCCUCUGGAUCAUGUGUUUCGGUCGGGGAGAGACUCGUGUUGUUCGGUCUCGCAACAGACACCGCUGGUAGUGGUCGAGUCCCAGCUGCAUUUAAUGGGAUCGUUGGCUUCAAGCCCACCAAAGGGACUGUUUCCGCUCGCGGUCUUGUCCCGGCCUGCCGCACGCUCGACACAAUUACCGUCGUUGCUCCCUCUAUUACCGAGGCUCGCAAAGUCUGGCAAGUCAUUGCACAUCAUGACCCGGAGGAUCCAUACUCCAAACUUCCCCAUACGCUUCCUACAUGGCACAUUGACUACCGAGGCCCGCGUGUUGGUGGGUUCACCUUUGCCGUUCCUCCACCAACAAUCCUAAAAGUCUGCAAAAAAGAAUACCGGGAGCUGUUCUCCUCUGCCGUCUCAGCACUGCAAUCAUGCGGAGGUACGCUCAAGGAAGUAGAGUACACACCCUUUUCUGCUGCUGGAGACCUCCUCUACGAUGGAAGUCUCCUACACGAGCGCAUUCAUUGCAUUGGCCACCGGUUCCUACAGUCCAACUUACCCGACAUGCAUCCUGUGAUCAGAGAGCUGUUUGACAAAGCCAUGUCAAACCCCCCGUCGGUAUACGAUGCGUUCCGCGACCAGGCUCUUCAGGCGCGGCUGACAAGGGAGGUGCAAGGUGUCUUUGAUGUGCUAAACGGUGGGGUAGAUGUUCUCGUGGUGCCGACUACCACGCAGCACCCCACCAUCAAGGAGAUGGAGGCUGAUCCGUUGAAAUUGAAUAGUGAGCUGGGGACUUUUACGCAUUGUGCAAAUGUGGUAGAUUUGUGUGGUGUCUCGGUACCAGCAGGGACUUGGUUGUGGGGACAAGAAGGUGAUGAGCGGAAGAUGCCUUUUGGCAUCACAAUCUUGAGCGCGAGCGGGUAUGAUGCAAAGGUUUUGGAUAUUGCCGGGGUCUUUGAGGAGGAGAUGAUGCAGCGCGAGACUUUCAGACUAUGAGAAAUGACGGGCUUGGCGAGACACAUGUCAUAGCAACGAUCUUUCCCUUGUCAGAGUUGAGAUGAUUUAUUUAGUAAUUCCAGUUCCGCC